UUGUUUUUGCUUGCUUUUUUGUCAAUCCUCCCUUGCCAUUUCACAGUUAUAUGCUUUAACAGCACAUCUGGAGCUGCUGUCAGUCUCCGCUUUGAGAAUAAAGUGCAUUAACCAAGAAGAGAGAAAUGUUUUCCCCUUUUUUCCCAUCUUCUCUUUUCAGGUUCUGCCUCUGAAGACCUACUGUAAAGCCGUCAUGGGCCUCUUGUGGUUCUCCAGGCUAAUCCUGAUCAUCCUAGUCCUCAUCCCUCAGCCGUCCCUGGGCUGUCCCUCCGGCUGUCGCUGCUACAGCCUCACGGUGGAGUGCGGAUCUCUCGGGGUCAAAGAAAUCCCACAGGGCAUCCCGUCUGUCACCGAGACCAUUUUCCUCCAGGACAAUGCGAUAGUGCAGAUCCGUCUUCAGGACCUGACUCGCCUUGGCAGCCUCCAUUAUCUAUACCUGCAGAACAACAGCAUCUCAGCCCUAGAGCCCGGGGCUUUUCUCGGGCAGGGGCAGCUGCUGGAGCUGGCCCUUAAUGGCAACCUCAUCCACCUGGUUACUUCCGAUAUGUUUCGGGGUCUGGAGCACCUAAGGAUCCUGUAUCUCGCCGGCAACCAGAUCACUCGAGUCCAGGACCACACCUUCAGAGGACUACAGCGUCUGCAGGAACUCCACUUGCAAGAAAACAGCAUUGAGCUGCUAGCUGAGCAAGCCUUGUCUGGAUUGUCGUCUCUGGCCUUGCUGGACCUCAGCAGGAAUCACCUCCGCACCCUGGGAGCCUCAUCACUCAAACCGCUUGUCAGUCUGCAGGUGCUCCGUGUUACAGAGAACCCAUGGCGUUGUGAUUGCGCUCUUGGCUGGCUGAGAACCUGGAUAAGCGAAGACGGACAGCGUCUCUUGAGUUCUGCAGAGCAGCGUCGGCUAAUGUGCUCCGAACCUCCUCGCCUCUCCCACCUCAGCCUGGUGGAGGUACCUCCAAACAGUCUGGUCUGCAUCCCUCCAGUAGUGCAGCUCGAGCCAAGCCACCUGACCGUUCGCCUAGGAGAGAGUCUUCGAGUCUCCUGCCAGGCCUCGGGAUACCCUCAGCCUCAAGUGACUUGGAAAAAAGCCUCCCAUGGUAAACCACAGUUGUCACCUCGAGGUCUGGUUCAAGAGCUGGGACCCAAUGGGGAGCUGUUUAGGCCUGGGGCUGGUGGAGUGGUGACAGCCUUACCUAGCAGUGGAGGGAUCAAGGUGGGAGGUGUUGGAGCAAUCCACGGGCCUGUACGUGGAACUGAGGAAGGUGGUGAGAGGGACAGCUUUGAUCCAGACAUGGGCAGCGGCAUGCUGUUUCUCAGCAAUGUGACUGUAGCACAUGCUGGGCGCUACGAAUGCGAGGCCUGGAACCCUGGUGGUGUGGCUAGGGUUACUUUCCACCUAGCAGUCAACAUGUCUUCUUCCUCCUAUUCAUCUCAGUUUUGGCCUCGUUUGAACACUCACUCCUAUGUUUCAUCUUCGUCCAACUCCUUUUACCAGCCUGAGGUUGUGGAUGUUAGCCAGGAGCCUCUGUAUGAGCAAGACAGCAUGGACUUUAAUGCCCUGGGCCCUGCCACACAGACUGCUAUUGCUGUUGGCAUCUCCUUGCUGGCACUCACUGCUGUUCUCCUCUUGAUUAUGAUCUACACUCGUCACCAGCAGUAUCAGAAAGACGACACUGGCUCCUAUUGCACGAGCAAGGAAGAGAGCAUCCUCUAUGUGAACGACUACUCUGAUGGACCCACCACCUUUGCGCAGCUGGAGGAGUACCGCGAUGACCAUGGCCACGAGAUGUACGUACUCAACCGAGCCAAGCCGGUCCUGGGUUCCACUUCGUCUGCAUGUCCCAUGAUGAGUGGGUUUGUCCAACAGAAGGGCAUGAAGGAGGCUCUCCUCGAUCACGAAAUGGUUCAGACUCUGACGCGAUCGGGGGGAUUGGGGCUUCGCAGAAACCCAGCGGAUGGGGGAGAGGGGCCCCUAACAACAGACCCAGAAGAGCUCUUCCUCAGUCAGAGUCUCCUGUUCGGAUCACAGGUUGCCUAUGAGAUCCAUUGUUAAGGAGUCAUUAUUAUGCUCUGGCAUGAAACAAUAUGUUGAUGGACUUUUAAUUAAAGACAAUAAUGGAAAUCACCUUGGUGCAAUGAUUUGAAGCAUCAGAUUAUUAUCUGGCCUUUUAAAGAGGGGAGAUUGUCAGUUAGUAAUUUCUGGGGGAACCUGGUUCACAAGUGGCCUCUGAGAGAGCUUCUUGAUUGAUUGUAUGACACUCGUGAUGGGUUAAGAAGACUGAUGAUUGAAGGGGAAAUAACACAUGAACCACAGCUUUCUGUCUCAAAAUCAACCCUUUAAGGAUAACUCUAAGUGGCUAACCUCGUCAGAAAUGUUUAGUUACACUGAAAAGAGGCUGAAACGGUGCAGCACACAGUGUCUGCUUUAUUCUAAUUUCGUUCGUUACGCUUUACUUUUCGUGUUUCGUCUAUGUUUUGUGUAAUAUAUUACAAAGUUAAUUCUCAGAGUGAAGUACAGUUGUUUUGUGAAUCCUGCUACACAUCCCAUUAGAAUUAGGCCUAAAGCAAUCCUCUUACUGAAACUACAUUAACAUUACCCACAUGUGCGAGUGGGUGUGGGUAGGUGGAUUUGUUUAUAGAGGUUCAUUCUGAAUGCAGAAUCUAGUCUUUUUUAUGUUUGUAUCAUAGCAUUGUUUUUCUUGAUGUUAACAUGUUGUGUUGUUUUAUACCUGCUGACUGCAACACUAGAACAAGAUAUUAGCAUUUCUAAUGUGUGAA